CACAGGCUAAGGUACUUUGGGUUACGCCAUAUUGACAACGCUCAGCAGUUUGUCUUUACAUACAGGCGUUUGCGUGUAUAACUUUUCAGUUUACGCGACAAGUGGAGCGUAUAUCCACUUCAACAACAGUGUACAGGGUCUCGUGGUUCGUGGGGUUUUCGUGAUCCGAUAUUAAUCCUAACUGGAGAGCCUAGCAUUAGCGGAUAUUGCACGGAAGAUAAACAUCCACUUGGAAUCCCCUCCUCAUCAACCGUACCUUUUUUAAACAUUACCCAUCUUUUUAGACUGGUUGUCCCGUGCUUUUUAAGUUUUAUGUGACCAUGCUGGAAUGGUUUACAUGUCGUGCCAAUCCGUUUGGCCAGCUAGUUUUAUCCGGUGCUGUCGUUUGAUCAAGUCACUUGCUAACGUGAGCUAGCCCCGAGAGCUAGCUUACUUUGCUUGGAAAAUAACACAGCAAAGCUAACGCACGCUCAUUGUCAGGCAGUGCGUCCAUUUGGUGUUGUAUUGCGUUUGACAGCUCGUAUUUUAUCUGUAGUCCGUUGACAUAGUUUUUUUGACGCUAUAAUGGCACACAAGUCUGGAACUGCAGAUAUAACCAAAGGGUCAGACAAGCAAGCCUCGGCUGUGGGCUUGCGAAGUAGACCAUGCUCCAGCGAGAGAGAAGCCCAUGUUCGUGCUGUGAAAGCUUCUCUUCUAGAGAAGUUGGGACCCUACGAGCGAAUGGUGACCUACCUCCAGGCAGUACUCGUGUGGGAAAAACCGAUUCACAGCGUGCUGCUCUACAUUGUGGUCAAUGCGCUGUUCUGGUUUUUUGCUCUUUCCUCUCUACGGCUCCUGUUUCUGCUGUGUGUGGGCCUCGCUCUGACGGUCUGUGUUGACACGUGGAGGAAUAAGAUCUGGCCAGAAAUCAGAGUGAAGCGGCUGGACGAGAGCGAGAGUGAAAGCUGGGGUGUGGUGCAGCCGGGUACCUUGAGCGUGCCGGAGCUGUGCCAACACAUGGCCGAGCUGUGGGUGGCCGGCGUGUCCUUCUCCGCGGGCCUGGUCAACUUGAAGCGCUACAGCCCCGGCAAGUUCUGUAUGCUGACCUGUGGAAUCUUUACCCUCCUGGCCAUGGUGGGGCGCUACAUCCCUGGACUGGUGCUUUCCUACUCGGCAGUGUUGUCUGUGCUGAUGUGUCCACUGGCUGUCUACCACCGCUUGUGGCAGCGUGUGUGCGUGAGACUGGAGCCGGCCCUGCAGUGGCUGGACUUCAGCCCCUCGGGCUACAUGAUGUCCCAGCCCAUCGACAACCAGUUCCUGCGUCGGCCGAUCAGGGGCGCCGCCUCAGACGAUGCUGACGACAGCGAGGAGGAGCUGGCGGCUUUCUGUCCCACGUUUGAUGAUGCUGUGGUUGCUAAGGAGCUGGCUCUCACUGACUCUGAGCACUCAGACGCUGAGAUCUCCUACACGGAGAACGGCACCUUUAACCUGUCCAGGGGUCAAACCCCUCUCACAGAGGGUUCCGAAGACUUGGACAGACACAGCGACCCUGAGGAGUCGUUUGCCUGCGACCUGGCGGAGUUCCCCUCCAUCAACCUGGACGCCACCCUGAUGGAGGACGACGACGACCCCAGCCUGGGCCUCCCCAGCCUGGGCUCGGCCGGCCUGUCCCUCCACCGCGGCUCCACCCUGCUGGACCUGGACUCGGACCAGGAGGCGGAGGAGCUGGAGGGGGCGCAGCUGUGCCUCAGCGCCCUGCAGCAGGCCGCCACCAGCCAGCUCUCCAGCCACAUCUCCAGUCAGAUCUCUGGUCAACUGGCCAGCACCAUCACCACCAGCCUCCUGCAGGCGGCUUUGGCUGGUCAGACACAACCCCAGCCACAGCCACCGGCGCAGGCAAGGGCACAGCCUCAGCCACACAGGCGUCAGGCCGCCCAGUCCAAACGGGGCAGCAGGGACCACCAUCACCCUGCCGGACAGGGCCAGGGCCAGGGCCAGGGCGGCGGGCACCACUCCAGGAGCUACCGGCACCAGGACAGCUCCGAACUGGACACGGAUUUGGACGGGGAGGACUUUGAGAUGCUGGACCAGUCGGAGCUGAGCCAGAUGGAUCCACUGGGUCUGGACGGCGGAAGAGGAGGCUCGGCCGGCAACGCUGGCUUCCUGUCCAACCUGCUGGGGAAGCCUCAGUGAAAAGGGGCUACCCGUCUCUGCUACCUACCCUUAAGUGUGUGUGUGUGUGUGUGUGUGUGUGCGUGUGUGCGUGCGUGCGUGCG